CCCACCCAUAGCCUUUCCCGCCCCCAACCGAUCAAUGGACCCGUCCUAUAUGCGAGUGAGACUGCUUUUUUAUUCAAUAAACAUGUCUACUCAACUACCAGUAACCCGACGGUGUGCUGACCCGCCGACGAUAUCUUGCGACACUGGGUGAAACCCCUCGAAGCCUUUUUUUGGACUUUGCCGAGCAGGAACAGCGAUAGUUCGCGGCCUAGGGGAAACGACGCAUCUUCGUAUCAACCCAGGGGAAUAGAUAUACAAGGUGGAAGGCAGAGCACCGUCCUUCUCAGGAGACUCGACAAUACAAACCCAUUAAACUCCACCGGAAUGCAGAAGAUGAAAACAAUGGCCUCGAAUGAAGGCUUCGACCUCCAAGAACUCGUUCCUAUACGGCACGCGGCCAUGGAUCCUCUACCACAAUACGGUUCUCACGCCUUCAUCCCAUACCUCGAGAACCCACCACCAGCCUCCAACGCCUCUCCUCCACCCACCAAACCCUCGCCCUCACCAGCUCCAACCCUCCUAAACACCUCAACCUGGACAUACUGCGGUCCCCUCCUCUCCCCCUCCGCAGAAUCCCUCCCGCCAUCCUUCCACACCUGGUCGCAAACCACAUUCACGACGCCCCUCCUCCCGCGGCUCCUCCCCCUCCUCUCCUUCCUCCACAGCUUCCUCUCCGCCGCCCGGGCUCAGAACUACUGGCUCACCAUCCGCGCCACGAAGCCCACGAACGAGUACGACACCGUCCGCUGGCACACCGACGACGUAUUCUUCGACUACGACGGCGAGAAGGACAGACUCGGGCCGGACCCCACACGCUCUUCGACUCCGGGCAGCAGAGGGUAUUGGAAGCUCGCGACCACGUUGCUCGGCCCGGGGACGCUGUUCCUGAAAGACGGGGUGCGCGCGAGGCGGAUACAGAGGGAUGCGAAGCGCGCGGAGUGCGAGAGGAGAGGGGAGCACACUUGCACGCAGUUUCGGUGCCUUGGGUGUCUUGAUGCGGUGGAGGCGGUGCGGAAGACGCUGGCGAGGGAGUUCGCGGACGAGGAGGUGGAGAGGACGGGGUUCGGCGAGGUUGCGUUUUUUAGGUUGGGGGAUGAGGAGGGCGCGGUCCAUUCGGAGCCGAAGUGUGAUGUUGAUAGGGUUUUCAUCAACGUUGUGCCUGGGUCUGAGGAGGAGUUGAAGGCGUUGAUGGAGAGGUGGGGACUAGGGUUCCCGAGGGCUUGGUGUUUCGGUGUGCCGGUUGGGUUUGGUGAGGAGUCUGCAGACGCGAUUGGUGUUGACGGGGCAAAAGAUAUCGAGUCGAGGGCAGACACGCCCGUGGAACAGCAGGGCCAGCCAGCAAAUCAACAUGAUAAAGACGACCGUGGGUGGUCGUUGAGCACCAUGAGCAUGAACCUGCGCAACGAGUAUAUGGAUUGGCUAAAAGACAAGGGCUUCCAAUUUGCGCAGAUUUUCGGUCAAGGACAGCCCCAACAAAGCAAGCUCGAUACCCUACAUGCGUAGGGAAAGGGGCUUGAAGCAUAUACACAGCAUAUAAAGCAUAACUAGUAAUGACCACAUAGGAAACGGAUGGCUAAUCACGACUCUAUAAUUUGUUCACCACAUUCUGUUGUUGAGCGUACAUGCGUACAAGCUUGGAACAUCGAGACUGGAAAUCAGCAUAAAACAUAGUAUUCAUU